GAGGUCAGAGCUUAUGUUUGAGCGCUUAGCCAAAUAGGCGGAGCCAAAGAAAGGAAGCAGGAGAAAUAUAUUUAACAUUUAUAAGAAUUUGUUUUAAGUGAUCUUCUCAUUUAGUGAGUCUUUCUCAUACUUAUUGUAGUACUUAUCAACCUGAAACCAUGAUCUGGACGGUCUGUAUGCUGCUCUCUUGCCUUUCACUAGCCCAAUCCGAGGAUAGUUGUCCAGAAAAGCAUAUUUAUGGUCCUCAUGGAGCUCAAGCUAUAGUGGAGUACCUGACAGUUGAGCCAACAAGUCAGUCAGAAGCAGGUAGGUCUAGGCAGAGAUCAGUCAUGCCUCCUCUCAGGUCUAGGCCUAUAAGGCGAAGAAAAAUUGUGGUGCCAAGUAACUCGACCCUUCUACAAGGAAUGCUAGUUGCACAGUACGAAGACGGUCCUGGAAGGUUCAGAUUUGAAGCAACAUACCAUGAGCAGUAUGGUCAUUUCAUAACAUCCAUCAACGGAGUCGAGAACAAUCAUAAUAACAACAGUUACUAUUGGAUGGUGUAUGAUGCCCACACCGACACUCUUCUACCAUGUGGUGUUGACUCUACAUAUCCAGAAAAUGACGCACACUUUAUCUGGAGAUAUGAAGAAUAUAUUCCGAAUAAUCAUUAAAAAC